AUGAGCGGGAGGGAAGACGGAAAUGCAGUUCCGUCUUUAAGUGCCGGGAGCGUGAGCGGCAGCGAAGUGGCAGCCGUGACAGGCGUGACGCGGCGAGGUCGUUGCAAAUGGUUCAAUGUUUCUAAGGGCUGGGGGUUCAUCACCCCUGAUGAUGGCGGUCAGGAUGUCUUCGUUCAUCAGAGCGUCAUCCAGAUGCCAGGCUUUAGAUCAUUGGGAGAUGAAGAACUAGUGGAGUUCGAAUGCAAAGAGUCGGAUAAAGGGCUGGAAGCAACGCGUGUCUCCGGGCCAUCCGCCGUCGACUGUCAAGGUUCACAUCGGCGUCCGCUGUCGAAAAAACGAUUCAGAAAGAUACGUUGCUACAACUGUGGUGAAUUCGCAAAUCACAUAGCCGCCAAAUGUAGCAUGGGCCCACAACCAAAGAGAUGUCACAAUUGCAAGAGUGAGGAUCACCUCAUAGCGGACUGUCCAGUAAAGGUGGAGAAAAGAAAGGAUGAUUCGCAAUCGAAGAAUUCAAGCAGUUCCCAAGAAAGCCCGCAGGGUAGUCCUCAGCAGCCGUAA